AUGAGACUUUCUGUUCUCUCUACAGCUGCUGUGCUGUCAAUGAGAUGUUUUGCCUCAGCACUCGACACUAUCCUCCGGACAGACAACGGAACGUACGGACCCGAGAUCGAGGAGAUUCACUACUACUAUAGCCAAUGGCCAACCGGCGUAGCUGUCUCAUCGACUGGCCGCAUUUUUACGUGCUACGUUCGUGGAGGCGGUACAUCUGCCUUCACUCUCGGCCAAGUCAGCAACCAGACUGCCGAGGAGGCCUACCCAUCAGAGAAUUAUAGCAUCCCGGUAUCCGAGGUUAACACAACCAUCAAUGGGAUGCCAUUUGGAGUUGCCAAUGCCUCAGCACUGCUCAGUGUGCAAGCCUUGUACAUCACCUCGGCAACCGCCACUCGCCCAGAGACUCUUUGGGUCCUGGACACAGGCCGGCCAACCAUCAAGGACGCCAGCGGUUCCCUCACCAUGGUCUAUGGCCAGCCUGGCGGUCCUAAGCUCGUUGCAAUCAGCCUCACAAACGAUACAGUAUAUGAGACAUACACUUUUCCUGUAAGCUGUGUCUACCCAGACAGCUAUCUCAACGACGUUCGGUUUGACCUGCGUACCUCAGUCGCAUCAGGUGGCCGCGGUGUCGCCUAUCUAGUUGAUUCGAGCAGCGAGGGCCGACCAGGCUUCAUCACACUAGACCUCAGCACGGGUACGUGCUGGCGGCGGCUGGAUGGAGAUGUGAACGUUUUACGACAGGACAACAAUCUACCAUCAUACAACGGACAGGCGUUUUACCAGCGGCCAGAGGGCGACUUGCCAUUCAUCCACAACAAGGAAGGAAACAACGGCGUGUCACUGUCGGUUGACCUGGACACACUAUAUUUCACCACGCUCACAGGCCAAUGGCUAUAUUCAAUUCCCGCCGCGAACCUGCGAGUCCGUGACGACGUCGACUGGGCCGAGCAAGCAGCCAAGAAUAAUAUUUCUACGGUGGGGCAAAAAGGAGGGGUAUCUAACGGCUCGGAGGGUGAUUCUAACGGGCUUAUUUAUAUGAGCAUGCCGGAAAGCAAUGCCAUCUACUACUACGAUCCUCAAGACCUUAAGGUCCACACACUCAUCCGUGACCCGAGGCUCUUGUGGGUUGAUCCACUCUACGUCGCUGAGGAUGGCUACCUGUACAUGAACGUGGCUCAGAGCUACUGGAGCCCUAGGUGGAACAAUGGUGAAGAUCUGAGGCAGCUUCCUGGUGCUUUAUUGAGGACAAAACUGCCCAACAACGGGAUCAAGAUGAAGCUUGACUAA